AUGGACACUGCAUGUCGACGGAUCGUCCUCCAGGCAAGGAGCAGGCGUCGGCAUCCGCCUCGUCUCGAGCAAUCGAUCAAACUCGGUUUCCCAGCGUCCAACAACGAAGCCGAAUAUGAAGCGAUUAUUGCCGGACUUCGUCUCGCCGAAGCAGUCGGAGCAGAACACGUUCGUGCGUUCUGUGACUCUCAGCUCGUCGCUAAACAAUUCAGCGGUGACUACGACACGAAAGACGAUCGCAUGGAUGCGUAUCUCAAACAAACGCAAAGACUUGCCAAAGCAUUCAAGACGUUCGAGUUGACAAAGAUCCCCCGUUCCGAGAAUUCCGAAGCCGACGCACUCGCAGCCUUGGCGUCAAAAACCGAAUCAGCACUGCGACGGGUCAUCCCGGUCGAAACCAUCGACGAACCAAGCAUCAAACUCCCCAAGGGAACCGUCGUCAUGGCAAUCUCACAAGAAGAAGAAGAAGACGAAAACCUCACUGAUGACGAGUCAGCAGAACACAAAUCAUGGCAGGAUGAAAUCAGAAAUUACCUCAUCAACGACGCCGUGCCAGAGGAGCGAUGGGCGGCCCGCCGCCUCCGACGAAAAGCAGCUUACUACUUCUUACGCAACAACGAGCUUUUUCGCUGGAGCGCAAACAAAGUCAUCCUGCGAUGCUGCGACGAAGCACAAGCUAAGAGCAUCAUGGUCGAGACCCACGAGGGAGCAUCAGGAAACCACGCCGGCGGAAGAUCACUCGCUUUAAAAAUUAAGAAGAUCGGAUACUUCUGGCCAAUGAUGAUCGGCGAUUGCAUAAACGUCGCCGCCAAAUGCGUCCCCUGCCAAAGAUACGCACCGGACGUAUCGCCGUAUUGA